UCUUCCACAGAGAGGAAUACAAAGAAAAUGCAUUCUAUUUGAAUUUAUAUUUAUCCUUAUGAUAGAGCUGCUAUCCUUAAUUUAAAAUAUCAUUUUAACUGCAAUCCUAUCUACUCUUGCUUAAAAAUUGGUUCAUGAGCACUCAAUGGGCUUAUAUUCAAAAAGGGAUGCAUAAACUGAUGGCAUGAAAAUAUUUUAUUUGUAUAAAGUUAGGUAUAUGGGAAAAGAAUUAACCCCUCAGUGAUUGAUAACAUCAAGGAACAAAUGUAGUCAGCAUUACAUUUUGGUUUACUGAAAACUUGGAACAAAAAUCUGAAGCACCUGAAUAACAAAAAGUUAAACCUGGUACUCAAGUAAAUGGCUGAACUUCCACCUGGGAUUCGUUUGAUCACUUCAUUUACAAAAGAUCAAUGGUAUAGGGCCUUCACAUUUGUCUUGACUUUCCUGCUGUAUGUUAGUUUUCAUUUAUCAAGGAAGCCAAUCAGUAUAGUUAAGGGAGAACUGCAUAAACGCUGUACCACUCUUCAAAUUAUUAAGCCUGAUGCCAAUGAAGAACAUGCCAUCCACAUUCCACCUGUUAAAAAGUUAUCUAAUGAUUCUUGCUGUGGCUGGGAACCUUUUGAUAAAAGCAACUACAAACAGUUAUUGGGAGCCCUGGAUUAUUCAUUUCUAUGUGCUUAUGCUGUUGGAAUGUAUCUGAGUGGCAUAAUAGGAGAGCGUUUGCCAAUCCGCUACUAUCUCAGUGGAGGGAUGCUUGCCAGUGGAUUCUUCACUGCGUUAUUUGGAAUUGGCUAUUUCUGUAAUAUACAUAGCCUGUGGUUCUACAUCAUUGCUCAGGUAGCCAAUGGAUUGGUACAAACUACUGGCUGGCCCAGUGUGGUCACCUGCAUUGGCAACUGGUUUGGAAAAGGAAGGAGAGGACUGAUAAUGGGAUUAUGGAACUCCCAUACUUCAGUAGGAAAUAUUUUAGGAUCCUUAAUAGCUGGCUACUGGGUAUCUACCUGCUGGGGUCUGUCUUUUGUGGUGCCUGGCAUUAUAAUAUCCUUAAUGGGGAUUAUAUGCUAUCUGUUUCUUAUUGAACAUCCUAAGGAUGUAAACUGUAUGAUACAAUCAUCAAAUGAUCCAGAAAUGCACUGUCUGCUACGCAGUAAUGAGAAUUGCACAAAGCCGCUGAACCUUAAUGGCAUAUGUGCACAAUUUGAAAAUGGAAAUGCUGCUAUAAGUUUCACUGGAGCUUUGCAAAUACCUGGAGUGGUAGAAUUCUCUCUCUGCCUGCUAUUUGCCAAAUUAGUCAGCUACACUUUUAUUUUCUGGCUUCCACUAUACAUCACCAGUGUAGAACAUCUUGAUGCCAAAACAGCCGGUGAUCUUUCUACUCUAUUUGAUGUUGGAGGAAUAUUUGGUGGAAUUUUAGCAGGUUUAAUAUCAGACCGACUCAAAAAAAGGGCUACAACUUGUGGCAUGAUGCUGUUGAUAGCUGGACCCACUCUGUAUAUAUUUUCUACAAUCAGUAAAAUGGGUUUUGAGGCCACAAUAGCUAUGCUGCUCAUCUGUGGAGCUCUUGUAAAUGGUCCAUAUGCAUUGAUCACAACAGCUGUCUCCGCUGACUUGGGUACCCAUAAAAGCCUUCAUGGAAAUGCAAAAGCACUUUCAACCGUUACAGCCAUCAUCGAUGGAACAGGUUCCAUAGGUGCAGCACUGGGACCAUUGUUAGCGGGUCUUCUCUCUUCAUCUGGUUGGAACAAUGUCUUUUACAUGCUGAUGAUAGCAGAUGCCUGUGCCUUACUGUUUUUACUCCGCCUUAUACGAAAGGAACUUCGAUGUAGUCUUGAGCAGACCUUGUUUAAAGAACACUAACUUUUAGACAAGAAAUUUAUAAUAAUUAUUUUUAAAGAGAUUGAUCCAGGAAUCCUACUUGAUCCCUCUGAGAAGAAAGCUGCUAUAUAAGAGCCCACAUUGCACCUCUUUUUUUGGAUUGUUGAUAUUUCUGGAAAUAACAUUUGCAUGCAAAUCACAUUUCUUGAAAAGCUUGCACAGUUAUGUUUAGACAGCAGAAUUUCGACUCUUCACUCCUCCCCUCUUAGUUUUGCACAUUAAUAUCAGGAAUGUGAGGGUAUGAAAUAAAGGACUGCCAGCUAUUCUCCAUAGCAGAACUGAGCCAAAGAAAAUUGUGCCUUUAUGCUCAUUUUGUCAUAAGUAAAUAUUAUACUACAUGAUUGCUUUUAUGUUUUAAGGGAAUAUAUAGUUUGCAGACAAAAAGCUAAGGAACCAAUUCAUUUGGGUACUUUUUUGUAAUGUGCUAAAAAUUAGCAAAAUGUGUACUCAAAUGCCUGUUAUGUCAUGUCCAGUUUUGUUAAAAAUGACUGUUGAAUAUGUGAUAGUUCCUCUUCAAAGUACUCAGGUUCUUCUUUUAUAUAUGUAAUUUUAUUAAAAAAUUUAAAAAGGAAAAUAAAAAUGAACAGAAACUAA